CAACACGUGCGUUUUGUUUAUGGUGCUGUUGUAAACGUUGUGAACGCGUUAAAAGUUAUUUUUUUCGUAGAGAAAAUGCAACAGAAUGAAUCCAGAUGAAAGAGCAUAGGUAAAAGAAGCACGACAAACCUGGAAAUGGUAUCCACUACUGCAACAGUGACACAGACGCGCAGGGCAGGCAGCCGGAUCUUCACUCCUGCCCGUGCCCUGGGGCUGGUCAGCAACCACGUGCCACAUGCGCUGAGGUACAUACGCUCCCGCAAGGAGCACCUGGUCGUGACGUGUAUCGGGAAGGCGUUCCACACGUACGGGCUGUCCCACCUUGCCCUGCUCAGCACCAGCCCGCAGCACGCAGAGGACAUAUCCUGCCUUGCGGCCGACACCUACCACGUCUAUACUGCGGCCGGCUCACAGAUAUUUGCAUGGCGGCGUGGUGCGGAACUCCAACAUACCUACGGGCAGCCCGGUGGCCCAGAUGUGAAGCUUUUGCUGCCAUUCGGUCCGCACCUGGUCGCGGUGGACAGCAGAGGAGUGUUGCGUGUGUGGGACAUUAAGGCCGAAGAUGUCUACACAGAGCUCAGCUUCGAAUGCAGUUUGUUCGGGCCCUCUGCACUGGUGCACCCGAGCACGUACCUCAACAAGAUACUUCUGGGGAGCAGACAGGGACAGAUGCAGCUGUGGAACAUUCACAAAGGUGCACUGAUACACACAUUCAAAGGCUGGAGGUCCCCAGUGACUGUGCUCGUCCAAUCUCCAGCUGUCGACGUGGUGGCUGUCGGCUUGGAAGACGGCCGAAUCGUCCUGCACAAUCUGCGCUUUGAUGAAAGCAUUGCCACACUUGUGCAGGACUGGGGGCCCGUCACGGCAGUGGCCUUCCGCACCGACUCGAGCCCGGCGGCGCGUCCACUGAUGCUGAGUGCGGCGCCCUCGGGCCACACGGUGCUGUGGGACCUGGACAAGCGACGUGCCUGCGGUCAGCUGACGAGCGGGCACGCGGGCGCGGUGGUUGGCAUGAGCUGCCUGCCGGGGGAGCCCAUGCUCGUCACCAACUCUGUGGACAACUCGCUCAAGGUGUGGCUGAUGUCUGAUGGUGAUUCUGGAGAGCCUCCGAGAUUGUUGCGCAUGCGUGAGGGUCAUUCGGGGACUCCAAACUGUGUUCGUUUCCAUGGAACUGUUGACUCACGUAACUUGGUCACAGCAGGAAGCGAUUCGACGUUACGAAUCUUUUCUACAAUCAAUGAGACAUUUAACAAGAGUCUCGGCCGAGCAUCGUAUAAUCGUAAGGCAUCUAAAAAACGGAAAGGAGGCAUUGCUGAAGAUCCACUGAUUAUGCCCCCCAUCACUAGUUUUGCGUCUGAAACCACGCGUGAAAAGGAGUGGGACGGAAUUGCAGCUGUGCACCUCGGAGUGCCCUUUGUCACUACCUGGUCGUAUGACAAACUGAGAAUGGGAGACCACAGGCUAAUGCAUGAAAGGUUUAACAAUUUUAAGGGUGACCGAUCUCUCUCUAAUUCCUAUGCGACGUGCGUGUGCAUCACUCGCUGUGGCAACUUUACAGUGGUCGGGAUGAGUUCUGGCCACGUGGAUCGUUUCAACAUCCAGUCGGGUAUCCACAGGGACACGUAUGGAACCCCUACUGCUCACACGGGGGCCGUGAGGGGCGUCGCUACUGACACUCUCAACCAGGUUACAGUCACUGUGGGUGCAGAUAGCAUGCUUCGAUUUUGGCGGUUUAAGUGUAAAGGUACAAAGUCACUGUCGAAAGUGGACCUGGACGAGCGGCCACUGUUCCUGCGGACACAUCACGAGUCGUCUCUGGUUGCCAUUGCCCUGGAAGACUUUUCAGUGUCGGUGGCAGACACAGAGAGUCGCUCAGUGGUGCGGAAGCUGGCCGGACACCCUGGUGCGCAGAUCACAGACGCGACUUUCAGUCCCGACUCGCGGUGGCUGGUUACUGCUGGCACAGACUGUCGUAUCCGCACGUGGGACCUUCCUUCGGGAAAACUUGUUGAUUCAUUUCAGACCGAUUCAGCGUGCACAUCUAUCAGCUUCUCAGCUGUCGGCGACCUGCUGGCGACGACACACGUGGACUACAUGGGUGUGUUUCUGUGGGCGAACAGAGCCCUCUUCAAGCACAUCGCACUGCAUCCUCUCGAUCCACUGGAGGACAGUGAGGCAGAGGCACUCGUCACAUUGCCAGUUUCUGCCCCAGACGAAGGUGCAAAUAGCGGCGCUGAAGAUCUCGAUGCACCUGACGGAGAUGAGGAUGGAGAAGACACGGAGAGGCCGCAGUCUCCAGAUCAGAUAUCAGAGGGCUUGGCCACUCUGUCUGGGGUCGCAGCUGUGCGCUGGCAGAAUUUGCUUAUGCUUGAUGUGAUCCGCAAACGAAAUAAACCGAGGGAGCCACCAAAAACCAUAAAGUCAGCUCCAUUCUUCUUGCCCACUGUACCCUCAUUGAGUGGUGAAGUCCAGUUUGACAUGGAAUCAGAGAAGCAAACUGAAAAAGGCAAAGAGCUCGACAGCAGUCGUGCCCUGGUACCGUCCAGCCUGACGGUGUUUGGCAAACUGCUGAGGGACGCCGGGGAGGAGGGGGCGGAUCCGACACCCGCCCUGGAGAAGCUGCGCCAGCUCGGCCCGGCUGCCCUCGAGGUGGAAGUGCUGUCCCUCGCCCCUGAGGGAGGCGGAUCGGUUUCCCUCAUGGCCACAUUUAUAAAGCUCCUGACUGAUGCCAUGAGGAACGGCAAGGACUUUGAGUUGGCGCAGGCGCACUUUGCGCUCUUCCUGAAGCACCACGGUGACCGCGCAGCGUCCGAGCCGCAGCUACGCGCCCUGUUGCCGACUGCGGCGGAGGCGCAGGCGGUGGGCUGGCAGCGGCUGCAGGACCGCCUCAUGGCGUGCCUCGCCAUCGUCUCCUUCUUCAGGACUUCGUAGACUGUGUGGGGAGCUGUGUGCUGAACUUAAAGACUGUGCACGCAAAGAGCUAGAGACUGUGUUUAAAGUGUUGUGCCUUCAGAGACACUCUUCACUGUGCCUUCAGUUGGAUUGUACUGGUGUGUAACAGUUUGUAACAAGUUGUGAUGAUGUGGACCCCAGUUGGACCAUUGUGUUUGUUUUGAGUACCGUAUUUGGUAUUUAACUGAAUAUUGCCUAAUGCUUCGUCGCAUUAUAAGUGGUAGGGAUGUAGGUAGGGGGAGGUGAUCAGAAGAGGGACAUUACUAAACUUCUCUGCUUUUACUACUGAAAGCUGAUUUGUAUUUAUAUUGAACUCCAGGUAGGAAUGUCAGCAACAUAGGAAAAGAAAGAUUGCUACUUACUGUGAAGAAGACAUGAUAAGUUGCAAACAGGCACAAUUAAAAGACACUCACAUAUAGCUUUUGGCCACAGCCUUCAUCAAUUAAAGACACAUACACACACACACACACACACACACACACGCAGAGAGAGAGAGAAGCAAGCAUACGUCACGCAUGACUACCAACUCCAGCAUUCCUUCCCGAGGUGAUGGAAUUGGUGGUCAUGCACGUGUGAGGUGUGCUUGCUUAUGUGUUUGAAUGCUGCAUGUGUGUGUCUCUUUUACUGACAAAUGCUGUGGCCGAAAGCUGUAUGUGAGUGUCUUUUAAUUGUGACUGUCUGCAACUUGAUGUGUCUUCUUUAUGGUAAAUAGCACUACUCUGUCUUUUCCUAUUGUUGUAUUUGUACUGGUGUGACACAGUUCAUAACAAGUUGUGAUGUUCAACAUGACUGGAUUAUUGAGUUGGUUUUCAAGUGUUUGGUAUUUAAAGUAAUACUGGCAAUUGCUCAGGUUUCCUUGUAUCUGUCAAGGAGGAUGGAAGAGGAGAGGGCGGGGAUUUCUAGAAGAGGAAGGGAGUUUGCUUAACUUCUCUGGUAUCAUUGCUGAAAGCUGACACUGUAUCUGUACCCAUAUGUAAAUGACAUUCUGUUAAUGGGGCACAUGUUGUGCAGUGACACAGCUUACAAACUAAACUUGACUGACGGAGGGAGAUCUUUUGAAGAAGCUCAACCUUUUAAAAUAGAGAAAUGAUAUUUGAAAGUCCUGAGUGGAAUACCAACAAUGGAAAAAAUUAGUGUGACCCCUUACCAUAUAGUUGUGACAUUAAACAGGAACAAAAACAAAACUGAAAAUGUUGCUGAACUUUCAUACAUUAUUCUCAUCAGAGCUAAAACAAACAGUGAAAACACACACAUACACUGAGAGAGAGAGAGAGAGAGAAUGGGUGGGGGGCAGACGCACGCAGACGAUUGUUCUGGCUGACUACACUGUCAAGUUGUCAAGCACUGAAGCUCUAAUGGGAUAGAAUAUCACCUGACAAAAGGGAACUGAAGACCAAUCCCUGGUGGCAGCAUUGUUGUAUUUAUGGCCAAGAAAGAGGGAAGGAGGCCGUAAUGGCAUAAAUUCCUGGUAUUCUUAUAAGUGGAACACUAUAUAUCUAUAUGCCAUUGUCACGCAUACCUCAACACUUACCUUCACUUUUGUUUGCAAAAGCUCUGUCAGACUGUCACUGCGACAACAUUUGUUCAUAGUGUAAUGUGAAUGAAUACAUGUUUUGUCUCAAUAAACCACCGACCUCUUUAUUUCUGAUGCUUCAGUUUUUCAUGAACAUCUAACAUAGUACUGUUACGCCUUUUUUGAAACAUUGUAGUUUUUGUGAAUGAUGACUCAUUUAUUCUGGCACUAAACUAAAUCUCACUGACAGAACACUUUUUUGGAUUUCCUUUCUAUCCCAGUUCUGUGAGAUAAAAGCUGUGAAGAUUUUGCAAAGUUAGUAUUUCAUUUUGUUAUUUAUAAUAUUGCUGAAAUUGAUGCAUAAUAACACAGUUUUACACAUCUUCUUAUUAUUGUCUUUUUGCACUAUGGAGUUGGCAUUGUUUUUCAUGGGUUGAGGCAGUGUUAGCAACAAUUGGUACCUGGAUGAUCUUCCUGAUGCCACCACUCCCCCAUCUGUCAGCACCUGUUGUAAGUCUCACUUGCAAGUGCGAGGAUGUUUUACAAUUGUUUGCAUAACCUGUAUCUGGGGCAGGACAUGGGUACCAACCCAUUAUUUGUCGGAUGUGGCAAACUGCCUAAAAACAACAUCCAGGCUGGCUCACUCUCCAGCUCUCAUCGUCAGUCCACGAGGGGCAUCUAGUCCGGAGAACGCUUGCCACCCUGAGUCUCAGGAGCAGCAUUUUAACACACUGGGCAAUCCAUGUGAUUAACACAGCUAUACUCGUCAUUUGUGUGAUAUUUAUUGUGUGCACUUUCUCUCUUCUUUCUUCAGGCAGAUUCCAGAAUGCCAAUUGCUUAACCUUGUGUCCUCCUGCCAUAAUUCACCAUCUAAUGUAUCAACAUCGAUAUUUUGCUUGCCAGUUUCAUUACCUUUUCCAUGUUCACAGUUACUUCUUCUCAUUGUUUAUAAAUUAGUUUUGUUAACACUAAGCUGUCAUGGAUACCUGCAGAAGCAUUUUCCCUUGUAAACAUAUAUAAAAAACAAAGCCUGUUGACUGCUGAAGACUUCAACUCUCUGAAGGCGUUCACAUUUAAUCUUGGCGUUAUUUAUAUUCCUUUAAAUUAUGUCGCCAACUAGUAGCAGUGUGCUUUGUACCUCUUCUAUGGUUUGUGUGUUGAAUUAGUUAGCUCUAUUCACUUUGUGCGAAGAAAGAUUAUUUUGGUGCGAGUAUUACUGUCCUUUAUGUCUUGUUACUAAUAUGUGGUUUUCAGUGCACGACUAGGUCGGACAAUCCAAUUCUUGUUUGCAAUUACAUGAAUAUUUCUUUCUUUUCUUCCAGAUGCUAGAGAAAAGGAGGUAUGUUAAUCUGCAUUUCAUAUUGUACUGACAUUUUGUCUUUUGGCCUGUACUUGGAUACCCAGUGCUGUUCAGCAAUAAUGAACUUGCAGCAGUACCAGUGAUGCAACUGAAUUGCAGUAGCAGUUUUACUGCAGUGUGUAAUCUUCAUUACUUGCUGGGCUGCUUGCUUGAUUUAAAUUCUAAAAAUUACCAACCUGUGCAUUGUAGGUAAUGGUGUAGCUAUUUCAGUUGAGCAAUACGGUAUACUGUCUCACUGUCGAGGCAAUGGUUAUGAAGUCAUUCUAUAAUGACAGGAGUAUUUUUUCCCAUUUAUUUGUAUGUUCAAUACUUGUGACUAUCAAAAGAUUUUGGAGGUCACUGAUGAUGAGCUGGUGGUUUUUCCCAUAGCAAAAGAAUGAGAGGAGUAAAUGCUGGCAGUGGUAGUUGGUAGUAACAAGAGGGGAAAUGAGUGUGAAUAAAUUAAUGAGAUUUGAAUACACAUACAGAAACUUUCUUCCAUGCUUUUUUCAUUAUGGCUGUAGUUGCAAACUGGCCGUAAUAAUUGCACUGUGCAAGAUGCGUUCUUUACUCAACAGUUAAUUAUGUUUUGGAUGGGUUCUCAAAAGGGGUGAAUAUGAGAUGUCUGUCAUCCUUAUGUAUUUAUUUUUCUGCAACAAAUUUUCUUCAUAUUGAAGGGCCAUUAAAUUCAUUAUGCAUGACAAGAGUACUUUUUAAUUUCUAGUAACUAAGGAAUUCAGGAAUUCGUCCGUAUAGAUUUUUCUUUCCGAAUUAUUUUAAGUGAUGGUGUAGAAUGAUGUGCUUCACGUGGUCUACCCCCCCACCCCCCCCCCCCCCCCCUACCCCUGCAACACACACGUUCAUGUGCAUGCUCACCACACACACACUCACUCACUCACUCACUCUCUCUCUCACUCUUUAAGAGGAUACUACAAUUCAUUCUUGCUAACGAAUGGAACUGGAACUGGUGCACUGUUACAGAACUGUCAGGCAGUGAAAGUAUUUAAUAUUUUAUGUGAGUGAUGUCUUCCAUCUUGUGGUGUAUUUUGUACACUGUUGUAUCUGUAAAUGAUGUUUAUAUAUAAAAACAAAUUUUGUUAAUA